AAAUCGUCCAUUCCACUGUUGAGGAGAAUUCCAGUUUGUUCGCUUACGAUUCCACUUCCAAAACUAAUUUUUGAAAAUUAAAAAAAAGGAAUAAUAAUUAAAAGAGGGAAAAUUGAAAUACAACAUUCUACUUAACUAUUAGCUUUGCCAAAAAUCAGGAAAAUUCUUUUUUUACACGAAGAAAAUUUUCAAUUAUCAAGGAAAUCGAGACAAAUUAUUAGAUUACCACUUGCGAGAAAGUCAAUGGUGCCCUCUGGCAACUAAUUUUAUGGCGGGAUUUUUAAAUCAUUUUGAAUAAUGGAUUCGGCAAGGAAAAAACCAUUUACCCUGACACGUGACAAUGGAAAACUGAGUUUGGGUCAGAGAAUAUUUUACGAAGAAAAUGGAUUUAUUUUAUUCCCCCGACUGAUGCCAAUGGAUGUCUUGAAAAAAUGCGAUCAAAGAUUCGAAGAAAUUGCUUCGGGAAAAAUUCCAAAGGGAACAAUGAUUGUAAUGAAAGACGUGAAGGAUCGUAAAUCAGUGAAUAAAAUUCAAGACUUUGUAUUCGAUGAUGUCCUGAAGGAAUAUAUUGAGCAUAAAGAUAUAUUGGAUGUUGUUGAGUCAUUCACUGGACCAAAUAUUAUGGCAAUGCAUACGAUGCUAAUUGCAAAACCACCGGACGUUGGUUUCGGUAGUUCGAGACAUCCACCGCAUCAAGACUUGUACUAUUUUCCAUUCCGUUCGGAAGACAAAAUUGUAGCUGCAUGGACGGCAAUUGAAGAGUGUAAUAUUGAAAAUGGUUGUCUUUAUGUUUUGCCUGGUUCUCAUAAAAAAUAUCCAUUGCUCCCUCACGUUUAUCCUCCUGGAUCUGUGAAUAAACUUUAUCACGGCAUUCAGGAUUUAAAGGAACCGUUAAAUUGGGUUUACCUGAAAAUGGACCCUGGAGACACGGUUUUCUUUCAUCCAAAAUUAAUUCACGGAUCCGGUGUUAAUAAAUCGAAGGGAACAAGAAAAGCAAUUUCAGCUCAUUAUGCAGCCAGUGACUGUCACUAUAUUGAGGUAGAUGGAACAGUGCAGCAAAGUAUAAAAGAGGAAGUCCUCGAAGUGGCGAAACGUAAAUAUCCAGGAGUUGAAAUUAAUUUCGCAGACGUGUGGCGUAUUAAGUCAGGUAUAGUUCGUGGAAUACGUUCCUCACUCUAAAAACUAACUUCAAAAAAAUAAAUAAAUAAAUAAAUACUCUUACAAAACUGCCGAAAAAAGAAAACAAAAAAAAAAAAAAAAAGUUUGAAACAUAUUUCAAAUAUGCAAAACAUUUUGUAAAUAAUCGAACAAAAAUUCGAACAAAAAAACAUUUGUGCAAUAAAGAGUAAUAUAUUUCCUUUAAAAAAAUAA